AAUAUUGGCUUCACCACACAAUUUGAGCCCUCAAACUGGAAUCAGCGUGUUUUAUUCAGUACAAAGUUUCCAGUUACUCAAGAAGCUCUUCAGAGCUAGCGAAAAGUUAAGGAGCUGUUUCUUUAGAGAGUGGAAGUGGGAAAUGACCAGUCACGAGAACAAAGACGUACCGUCCGUUGCGCUAUUGCUUGGUGGCUGCUGAAAUUCCUGCACGAAGAUCAAGAAGGAGACGAUCAAGAGUGGGCGUGUUUUGUUGUCGGCACCUCCCCGGAGAGCGGCACAAUCGAGGUCGACGGAGCGGCGCCAUCGAGACAGACAGAGCAGCUCCACUCGCUCCGAUGGAGUAUCUGUCCUACCAGUCUGACCAGCCGCCGGCGCCGUGUCUCAAACCUGAGUCGGUGCAGCUGUCUGACCCCGACACGGGACGGCUGCUGGUGGCACCCGAGUCGGAGCGGCCCGAGCCCAACUGUCCGCUGCAGAUCACUGAGAACACUCCGACCGGCGACCGCUACCAAGGACAGGUGCUCGGCUGGCGAUGGGAAGGUCUCGGCAGCCUGACGCUACCCUCGGGCGUCCGCUACGAGGGCCAGUUUCGGGACGGCCGGUUCCACGGUACGGGAACGCUGCACUUCCCCUCUGGCAGCCAAUACGAGGGACAAUGGGACCGCGGCGUCUGCACCACCGGUCUGUACACGUUCGCCGACGGUCUGAGCUUCUCCGACCAGAACUGGAAGUACUGCCAGUACCCGGACCGGCGCUACUGGUCCGAGAUCCAGUUCGGCAUCCGGCCGGCGGGACGCUCCCAGCUCACUGACCGCGACGACGACCACCCGGCCGUCGACGUGCCAGCGGGCAUGUUUGACGCCGGUGACGGAGUGUACGACCCCAAGUGUCGCACCGUGUACGACUACGGCGAUCGGCGCAAGAUCAAGCGCGUCGUGACGGACGACGAUCACCAGUGGAUCAUGUCCCGCUGCCGGCGCGGUGGAGAUACGUUCAUGGGUCGCCGUGAGGAGCUUCACCAGGAUCUGGCACCUCUGGUGUUCCACGGAGGUCACUCCAAGGAGUCUCCGGAGCUGCCAGAGGAGCUCCGGCUGGAGGAUUUGAUCGGGGAGUCGGAGCGGCCGGAGCCUCCCGCCGAGCUCGCCCCGCCGCCGUUCGAUGUCAGAGAGCGGAGCGCGGACGUGGUGCGAGAGGUGCUCCGCUCCGCUCAGCGGGUGGCCACCUCAGUCCGGUCGAUCGUGUCCAGCGCGGCCGGGCGCGUGACGACCGCCGAGGAGGAGGCCCGCCAGCUGGUGCGGGACGCGGAGAAGCGAGCCGACUCGACGAGCUCCACCAUUAGCUCUCUGAUGGACGAGGCGCGUCGCCGGCUGGGCAGCCAGUCCAGCUCUGCCGGCAGCGGCUCCAGCACAGGCACCGGCUCCGACUGGAGCACCACCGCCAGCAGUGACGAGCUCACGGCGCCGCCGGACGGGCCGCGGCGCCGGCGAGUGGCGCACGCCGCCCUCACCGACAGCAGCAGCGGCGAGUCGGUGACGGCGGGCCGCUCAGCCGGCCGCCGAACGGCCAGCGGCCCGGACCGACGGACCAGCGGCGGGUCGGACCGACGGACCAGCGGCGGGUCGGACCGACGGACCAGCGGCGGGUCGGACCGGCGGCCCAGCGGCGGGUCGGACCGGCGGACCAGCGGCCCGGACCGACGGACCAGCAGCGGACUGUCCGUCGGACGGGCCGGCAGCGGGGCGUCCGCCGGUCCGAGCAGCAGCACGGGCGACGGCAGCGGCGGUCACCACAGUGCCUAGUGCUGCAUGACCUCCACAAUACAGCGAGCGAAGGGUCGAAGGCGCCAGCUUGCAGCUGAAGUCUUUGGUACCGAGCGUAUGCACUAUGCAUUGCAUGACAGGAGGUAUAAUGGUGUAAAUCGACGCUGUUGUGAAUAUCAUUGUCAAAUGUAGACAGGUGGAUAGGCUAGUGCAUUGCCAAUUCUAUUUUAUUGCCGACCGAACACGUACUGGCAGUCAGGAAGUGAAUUUCAGUUCCUGGAGACUACCCAGUCGCCAGGGGAUACAGCCGACCUGCAGGACGUGUAUAAAUCCUCAACCGUCCAGAGAUUCGUAGAAACGUGAAUCUAAUUCCAGCGGGACUGAACCUGCCUGAACCGGGAGGCGCAGUGCUCAGCUGUCAGAUACCUAAGUCGGACAGGUCAAUAUUGGAGCGGCGCCAUGCAUCAGGGUUUGAAAUUAAACUCAAAGAUAAAUCAGUAUCAGCAAGAGCCCAUGUCGGACGUAAGACAGGUGGAUGUGUCAGGCUACAGCAGCAUGAAAUUCGGCCGUAACACAUGGUCAAUUUCAUCACAGGCCAUCAUUCGUUUCGAGGUGGAGACGCCAGCUAUGAGGCAAACACAGUGGAAAUUGCAUUGGUUCUGGGUAAGGUAUUCCCGGCAAUAAACUACGGCCCGUGA